GCACCUCCUGCCGCUCCAACGCCGCGCACCCCUGCUCGCCCUCCCCGCGGCACCCGCGGCCCGGAGCGGUGGGGUGUCUUCCCCCUUGCCCGAGUGGGAGAGAACGCGUGUGAGGGAGUGUGAGAGGGAGAGAGGAGAGAGGAGAAAGCCUGUUUGAUGAUGGCCCGUCAUCGCGUUGUCCAAGCGACAGAAAGCGCGGGGAGAGCGCUGUAGAUUGCGGGAGAGGGGGGCCGUCCAGGAUGGUGGAUAGGAGCGCAGGCUGGGCCGGGGGUUCGGGGGGGAUAUGAGUAGUAGGGGUUCAAUAACCCGAGUGCAUCUACGCCUGGAUUUUCCGACGCGUAUGUGGUCCUGCAGUACAGGCGCUACGAGUAUCUAAGAGAUUCUGUUGUCUCCAGGUAACAGUGUCCGCGCCCGUAGCUAGGCGGCGGUGUUUGUGGUGCAGGGCUGGUAAAGACAGCUCCAGGCAGCGGCAGGUACAGGAGAUAAACGCAGGGGAAGAGAGGCGAUUAGCGAAACCGCUGCCUCCAGGUCCGGGGCUCUCCUGGCAGCUUUGAAGCCGCGGUUAAUUACAAUAUCGCCUUUGCGCUGAUUUCCCAUCUGCAGGGGAGAUCCAGAUUAAUGAUUAAUCCGGUCAGGAAACGAAAUGGAUCCGCCGGACCGGCCCGGGGGAAAGCUCAUCCCAAUCCGCUGCCUUUUCUCCAAAAACACUGCGCUCUGCAGAUAAAAUACUAUGCUGUAUCGGAAUAUGUGCUGGCGAGGCGUUGCGGCGCUGUCGGUGCUGUGCUGCGUCGCUCGCUGCCUCAUCCUUGAGUCCAACACGAUCAAGUCCUCGGCCGAGCAGGGCAACCGGAACGGACAGGCCUUGCGAUGUCAAGCGGACAGCAACUGCACCCGGGGACAGUACUGCGACCACUCUCGCCCCCUGGAGCCUGUGUGCGCCGCCUGCCGCCCUGCGCGGCGCCGCUGCCACAGCGACAGCAUGUGCUGCUCAGGCAUGCUGUGCAUCAACGAGGUUUGUGGUCGGCCCGAGGAGGGGAGAGUGGCGCCUGUGACACCUGUGACAGGCAAGACCUCGCCGGUCCGUGGCAAGAGUAACCAGCGCCCUCCAGUGGACAGGCCCGGAAAGGAGGAUGAGAAAGGGCAACAGGGCGCCCCCUGCGUGCGCUCCUCGGACUGCGGCGAGGGCCUGUGCUGCGCGCGCCACCUGUGGGUGAAGAUCUGCAAGCGCAGGCCGGGGGAGGGGGAGCUGUGCUCCAAGCGUGGCCGCAAGGAGAAACCGUCCAGCCGCGAGACCUACCAGCGCUGCGACUGCAACCAGGGGCUCGUCUGCCGCCCCCAGGCCCAGACCCCGAACGCUCAGAGGGGACAGAGCCGGCUCAGCGUCUGCCAGCGCACGCAGGGCCCCACCCGGCCGAAGACUGGCCCCCAGAGGAAAGCCAGGCACUCCCACAGGGCAGGGAGAGGGAGGGAGGGGGUGUUGGAGGAGAGGAGUGGGGAAUGGGAGGGGUAG